UUGCCAUUGGCUCUUUACUCAUCAAUCAAUCAAUAUCUAAGCCUCCGUCUGCCUCGUCUCAUUUUUCUCUGUAGGGGAAAGCAAGAAAAAUACAGAAACGAACAUGGCGGCUACUCUUUCACCCUACCCAACUUCAACCAUAACCCAAGAACCGUGUUCCAGACUGGAUUUUAGAAAUGGGUUUUCAGCUAGCAGCACCUUUGCCUCUCUACAUUUUCUCCGUCUGCCCACUCGGAUGACCAAUGCUGUGCUUAAGGUCUCUGCUAGCAUUAGCGAAGGCAAUGGGAAUGCUGCACCUGUUACCCACUCAGUGCCUGCCUUUACUAGCUCCAAGGUGCAAUGGCACACAAUAUCAGUUUUCGUAGGUGACGAAAGUGGAAUAAUAAACCGGAUUGCAGGCGUUUUUGCUAGAAGGGGUUACAACAUCGAGUCCCUUGCAGUUGGUUUGAACAAGGAUAAGGCUCUCUUUACCAUAGUUGUCCGUGGAACUGACAACGUUUUGCGGCAAGUAGUAGAACAGCUUAACAAGCUUGUGAAUGUCAUAAAGGUGGAAGAUAUCUCUAAGGAACCACAAGUAGAACGUGAACUGAUGCUUAUAAAACUUAAUGUGGAUCCAAGUACUCGUCCUGAGAUCAUGUGGCUGGUGGACAUCUUCAGAGGAAAAGUUGUUGAUAUAUCAGAGCAUACACUGACUAUUGAGGUCACUGGAGACCCUGGAAAGAUGGCUGCUGUUUUAAGGAACUUAAGCAAGUUCAGAAUCAAAGAACUUAGUAGAACUGGAAAGAUUGCUCUGAGACGAGAAAGGAUGGGUGAGACUGCUCCCUUUUGGAGAUUUUCUGCGGCUUCUUAUCCUGACCUUGAGAGUACACAGCCUGGUGAUGUUUUUUCCAGUAAUCGUGCAAAUAAUUUUGCGGGGAACUCAAAUGGAUCAACUAACGGCAGCACCAUUUCAUCCUCAAAGGGUGAUGUAUAUCCUGUGGAGCCUUAUGAUGAUUACUCAGUCAAUCAAGUUCUUGAUGCUCAUUGGGGUGUUCUCUAUGAUGAUGAUUCAAGUGGACUUCGGUCACACACAUUAUCUAUGCUUGUGAAUGACUCUCCUGGCGUUCUCAACAUGGUUACUGGUGUCAUAUCACGAAGAGGUUAUAACAUUCAGAGUCUUGCUGUGGGUCCGGCUGAGAGAGGAGGACUUUCCCGCAUUAUCACUGUUAUUCCUGGAACUGAUGAGUCAAUUGGCAAGUUGGUUCUCCAUCUUCACAAGUUGAUCGAUAUGCAUGAGGUGCGCGAUAUUACACACAUGCCAUUUGCAGAACGAGAGUUGAUGCUGAUAAAGAUAGCUGUGAACACUGCUGCUAGGAGGGAUGUCCUUGAUAUUGCUAGCAUAUUUCGGGCCAAAGCUGUUGAUGUCUCUGAUCACACUAUUACCCUUGAACUUACAGGUGAUUUAAACAAGAUGGCUGCCCUGCAGAGACUGUUGGAGCCAUUUGGGAUUUGUGAGGUGGCUCGGACUGGAAGGGUAGCUUUGGUGCGGGAAUCAGGUGUGGAUUCAGCAUACCUCCGAGGAUAUCCUCUUCCAUUAUGAUAUUUGAGAUCCUUAGUGGCUUCUUUUCAAUGAGUAGCUCAAGUAGUGUUCUUUAUCCUUUCUCUAAGUCAGUUUCUUUUUCUGCUUUCCUUUUCCUCAGAUGGGGAAGGGAAAGAAGCAAUGUCGAAGUUUUCCACGUUUGUGUUAUGCAUCUAGAAUCUGAUAUAUAUGUCAAAGAUUCACAUAGAGAUUGUGUUUUAGCUGAGGAAAGUGGACAUGCUCUUUAUGUACCUUGAGGGGAAAAAAAAUGAAAGAGAGAUCUAUCAUUGAUCUUGUACUAGUGAGACAGGAAGUAGGUUUCUGUCAACAAUUUAAGAUUAGUUACCUCUUUUCUUUGUCAGGGUA